AUGUCUUUGUAAGAUAAACAAACUUUCGAAUAAAUAUUAGCCGAAUAUAUGGGAAAAUUAUAUUAUACAUCAUUUAUCUUAUAGUCUGAUAUUGGGAAAAAUGUUUUUAUUAAGAAUGGUGAAAUAAUAAGAAUGUAAUUAUUAGAUGAUAUUAUAAAGAGAACAGUAUAAUUUACCUUUUUAUCAAAAGCAAUAUUUGAAACAUUUACAACAAAUAUAACAUUUAAAAUGGAGAAAGAAUGAAUCAGAAGAUUUAGAAAAUGAGGUUUGGAGUGUAAUUUGGAACGGCUAUCAAUUAUAUGCUGGCGGGGCUUUGAAUAUCAAUGGAGCAAAAGUUGGAAAAUGGAUUGAGUUAUUUGAACAUUUUUUGGAGUAAGAUGUAUUUGAUUUAGAAAAUCAUAAAUAUUUUAUCUAGGAAAUUAUCAGGAUGGAAUAAAAACAGGAAAGUGGAUAUCUUAAUUUUAAGAUACUUCAAUGUACAAUUUGAUUUAUUAUUUCAUUAAGAGGAGGUGGAUUCUAUAAAGAAAAUGGUUAGAAAGACGGAAGAUGGACUGAUAUAGAUCAUUAUUUUAGAGAGUACAUAUAAAUAUUCAUCAGUUGUUAUUUAAUAACUUAUGGUGGAAGAUAUGAUAAUGGAACAAAAGUAGGAAUUUGGAGUUUGAAUUGCAACAAUAAUCAUAUGUUUAAAAUUUUUCAUAAGACUUAGUGGUGGUGGAUAAUACGAUAUAAGUGGAUUAAAAACUGGAAAAUGGAGAGAAUUAUAUGAAUAUUUAUUGGAGUAAUAUUUAUUUUAUAUUUUGAGGAAUCACGAAAUUUUUAUCGAAGGAGAGUAUUAGAAUGGGAUCAGAGGAGGAUUUUUCAAAAUUAUCUUAAAUAAUGAUAUUAUGUAACCUUAGAUAUGAUAAAAAAAGCGGAGGAGGUGAAUAUAAUUAAAAUGGAUUGAAAAUAGGCUAUUGGAUUGAAUUGGAUCAAUGUUUUAAUAUGUAGUAAUUACUAAUUUUAAUCUAUUUGUGAUGCUCAAGUAUACUAGAGAGGAUUGUAUAAGGAAAGCAUAAAAAAUGGAAUUUGGAAGCUGCAAUACUAAUUGAAAAACAUGUACAUAAUAAGAUAUUGAAUUAGGGGAGGAGGAUUUUUUGAUUAAAAUGGAGGAAAGAAUGGAUUUUGGAUAGAAAUAGGUUAAAAUUUUUAUCAGUAAUUCAUAUUCUAAACCAUUAUUAAAGUGAUUGUUAGGUAACUUUUAGUGGUGAAUAUAUAAACAAUAUAAAAAGAGGUCAAUGGAAUGCACUCCUAAAUAAUAAGCUAAUGUAGUUAUUAUAUUCCAAACGUAUUUAGUGGAGGAGGUAGAUAUUAUGAAAAUUAAGAGAAAGUUGGAAAAUGGAUUGAAUUGUAUGAAAAUUAUUGGGAGUACAUAGAAAAUACAAAAUUAUUUUAGUGAAGCAUAAAUAUUAUUUACAGGUGAUUAUCUAAUUGGUUAGAAAACAGGAAUUUGGAUGACAAUUUUUGAAGAUAAAAUAAUGUAUCUAAAUUAAAAUAUGAUAGCGGAGGAGGUUGCUAUGCUAAUAAUGGUAUGAAGCAUGGGAAAUGGAUAGAUUUAUAUCAUAAUUUUUGGGAGUAUAAUCUUAUUUCAUUAGAUUUUGUCAAAUAACUUUUCAAGGUUCAUAUAUUAAUGGAAUUAAAACAGGCAUUUGGAAUUCAUAUUUUGAAAAUAAUAUAAUGUAAAAAUUUAAUAUUUUUAAAGUGGAGGAGGGUAUUACGAUGAAAAUGGAUUAAAAUAAGGGUAGUGGAUUGAACUUCAUGAUAAUUUUGAUAAGUAAUUAUUUUAUUUAAAGUAUACUUUUAAGUAAUACUUAAAUCAAGAUAAAUGGGAAUUAUUAAAAUGGUAGAAAAAGUGGUAGUUGGGAAUUUAUUAACAAAUCCAAAAUCAUGUAUAUAAUACCAAUAAUUACAAGCGGAGGAGGACUCUAUGAUGAGAAUGGGUUUAAACAUGGAAAAUGGACUGAAUUAGAUGAUGAUUUUAAUUUAAGUCUAGUUGACCCAUGCAAAAUAACAUAUUCUGGAGAAUAUAAAAGAGGAUAAAAAUAGGGAAAAUUUGUUGCAGUUGAAAUUUAUUGA